GUGCGUACGGCGUGCCAUAAACAGUAAACACUUCCUGCCAAAUAGUGGUCCCUAACAACAGACAAAGCGGUGUGGAAUCAAUACGAAGCCAUUCAACAACAACAACAAAAAAACACAUUACGCCAAUGGUGGACUCCCAAUCAAGUUGUAGAAACAUCUCAAGGAUGAUCACUGGAAACAGGAUGCACCUGAGCUCAAUUUCGAGUCUCAUAGGUUCUGAAUACUUAUGUAAAAUAAGUGUCCAGACGGCCUCCCCAAGAAGUAGAGAGUAGAGACAUGUCAGGAGGAAGUGGCUCAGCGCAUAUGGACGACUCGCAGGACCUGCCUGACUUGCCGACCAAGAAGGCCAGACAUGAGCUGGACGUUGGACUGAACCAAGAGCCAAGGGGACUACGUGAUGACCAGAUCCCUCCUACUCUCUUCGGCUCAGGAGAUCAGGACAAUUCAUACUCUACGUUGUCUAAUGCCCAGCUUGAUGGAGCGGUGGCCAGCAGAGCGCUCACCACAACAACAGCCUCUGAAUAUAACUCCCACAUCUACCAAGGAAGCAGACCACCAGUCACAUCCUACACCACCAGCCAGGGUGCCUUUCCUCCUCUGGCCCAGGCCACAGUCUACACUGCCUUCCCUCAGGCAGGACAGACCCAGGCUACAGUCUACACUGCCUUCCCUCAGGCAGGACAGACCCAGGCUACAGUCUACACUGCCUUCCCCCAAGCAGGACAGACCCAGGCUACAGUCUACACUGCCUUCCCUCAGGCAGGACAGACCCAGGCUACAGUCUACACUGCCUUCCCCCAAGCAGGACAGACCUACGGCCUCCCACCAUUUGGUGCUAUGUGGCCAGGUAUUAAGUCAGAGACUGGGCUGCCUGAUGCAGCACCCUCUGUUGGCCAGCCUGGGUUCCUCAGCUUCAGGUCAGCAUAUACCUCAACCCAGCCAGACCCAGGCCAUGUGCACUGCUCAUACCCCAGCCAAGGCUCCAGUUUCACUACAUCCAGUGUGUACACUAACAUCCCCUCUGCUUCCGCAGCUACAGAGGCUCACCAGGAGUUCAGCAGCUAUAACGUCAACUCUCUGGGCCAGACCCAGUUCCCUCAGUACUACGCCCCGCCCCUUAGCUACCUCCCCGCCGGGCUGCCCAAUAGCGAAGAGAAUGGAUCCAGUAUGGGUGUGGCCGGGUAUCCAGCUAUAAAGACGGAGGGCAGUGCCUUGGCUGGACUGCCCAGCACUACAGAUGCAUGCCCACGUGAGAACCUCCCGACCGGCGUAGCCCUGCCUACAGGUGUGGCCCUCCCCAUGGGGGCCCUGGACCAGGAUGAGGCGGGGAGGAGGAACCCUGCUGGGAAGGCCAAGGGGAAGGCCAAGAAAUCAGACAGCAACCAGCCUACUGACGCUGACCUGGAGCGAAUCUUUCUGUGGGAUCUGGAUGAAACGAUCAUCAUUUUCCACUCUCUGCUCACUGGGUCCUUCUCUCAGAAGUUUGGCAAGGACUCCGACACUGUGCUGAACCUGGGCCUUCAGAUGGAGGAGCUGAUCUUUGACCUGGCAGACACACACCUCUUCUUCAAUGACCUGGAGGAGUGUGAUCAGGUUCAUGUUGAAGACGUAGCCACUGAUGACAACGGACAGGAUCUGAGCGCCUACAACUUCCUAGCGGAUGGCUUCCACAACCCCAGUGGUGUAGGCGCCGCCACAGGAGUCCAGGGCGGGGUGGAGUGGAUGAGGAAACUGGCCUUCCGUUAUCGUCGCCUGAAGGAGAUCUACAACGGAUACAAAGGGAACGUGGGAGGCCUGCUGAGUCCCAUGAAGAGGGAGCUGCUCCUCCGGCUCCAGUCUGAGAUGGAGAAUAUGACGGACGCCUGGCUCAGCACAGCACUCAAAUCCUUGCUGCUUAUCCAGUCCAGGUCAGCACAGGGUAAGUGUAUGAAUGUCCUGGUGACGACCACCCAGCUGGUGCCUGCUCUGGCCAAAGUGUUGCUCUAUGGUCUUGGGGAUGUCUUCUCCAUAGAGAACAUCUACAGCGCCACCAAGAUAGGGAAAGAGAGCUGCUUCGAGCGCAUCGUCUCUCGCUUUGGGAAGAAUGUGACCUAUGUGGUGAUUGGAGACGGCCGUGAUGAGGAAUUCGCGGCAAAACAGCACAACAUGCCUUUCUGGCGUAUCACCACCCACGGGGACCUGGUAUCCCUCCAUCAAGCCCUGGAACUAGACUUCCUGUAGAACGGAAGGAAUGGAGGUUAAGACACAAAGGAAACGUGUGUGUCUGUGUGUGUGUGUCCCCAACCCUUCUGUUCGCUUGUGGAGUGACAUUAUAAGCUGAGUGUCCUCAGCUCCACACCAGCCCUCAAACUCACACACCCUUUACACACCUGCUGGCUGUAGUGUGUCGCUCUUUUCCCCGUGUGAUGGCCGUGGACUGAUCUGAGGUGGACUUUGGGGUGGCAGUGGCUGGGAAGCAGACUGGACAGACAGACCUACUCUCUGAUGUAGAGCUCCUCCCAAGCAACACUCUCUGUAUGGCAGCUAUCCUCUAAAGACUGAGCCUGAUCACUGGGGCAUAGCAGCAGCGACCGACCAAACCGACGCCGACAGGCAGGACAUGACUAAAAAUGAAGAAGACCAUUCCCAUAUCUCUCUCUGAAGUGUCUGUAGUCUCUGGCUCCACAACCCACAGGCUGUUUUCCUCUGUUCUCUCUCUGGCUUGCAUCCCAAAUGGCACCCUAUUCCCUAUGUAGUGCACUACAUUUGAUAGGGCCUAGUGCUCUCAUCAAAAAUAGUGCACUACAUAGGGAAUAGGGUUGCAUUUGUGACGUCGCCUCUUGUUAGUGGAUCGACUAAAGCAAAAGGUCUGCAGCCCUGUCUUGGAUCCCGGACGGACCCUUCUGGUUGUUUAGACCUUACACUUUUACUAUUUUUUCCAAAUUCUCUUUCUGUAGGGUAGCUAUUCAUGAAAGUAUAAAUGUCACUUUGAAUGUUUUUUUUAUAAUUUGUAUUUUUAAAAGGUUGUUUUGCAUUCCAAAUGACUUGAGGUAUCAUUGAUUAGGGUCGGUAAUAAUUUUAGUCUUUUCAAAGCAUAUGAUUCGAUGACUACUUAAGAAUGACCUUCAAUUGACCUUCUGGAUGUAACCUUUCCACUAGUUCACUAACAGUACUGACAUGUUCUCCAUAGACACCUCCGCCGUCCUGACCUCUCCACUGUGUCACGGGCUUCAACAGCCUAACUGACUUCUGUGGUCUUUUUUACAUAAACUGAUGUGUGGUCAGAAUGACUCAAUGAAGACCCUAACAAACCUGUAUUCCACUGCGUGGUAUCAAGGAUGCCAGGUUACUAUGUAGUUAAUCAUAAGAACAUCCAAUCCAGGUGUUUUCUGUGAGAAACAGCCGAACCAGGCCUUUCUGUGAGAAACAGCCGAACCAGGCCUUUCUGUGAGAAACAGACGAACCAGGCCUUUCUGUGAGAAACAGACGAACCAGGCCUUUCUGUGAGAAACAGACGAACCAGGCCUUUCUGUGAGA